GCGCAGCAGCCGCGGCAGGCGGAGGGCGCCGCCAUUACGCGGAGCGGAGCAGACCCGAGCGGGCCGCGCGUCCCCGGCCGCCGCCGCCGCCACCCACAGGCGGGCCCGGGCCGCGCGGGGCCCGCCCGGCCCCCGCCAUGGAGGAGAAGGGCUUCGCCAAGGAGCUCGACCAGUGGAUCGAGCAGCUGAACGAGUGCCGGCAGCUGAGCGAGAGCCAGGUCCGCAGCCUCUGCGAGAAGGCUAAAGAAAUCCUUACAAAAGAGUCGAACGUGCAAGAGGUACGAUGCCCUGUCACCGUCUGCGGGGAUGUCCACGGGCAGUUCCACGACCUCAUGGAGCUCUUCAGGAUCGGCGGGAAGUCGCCGGACACAAAUUACCUGUUCAUGGGAGACUACGUGGACAGAGGCUAUUACUCCGUGGAGACCGUGACUCUCCUAGUAGCGUUGAAGGUGCGCUACCCGGAACGCAUCACGAUCCUGAGGGGCAACCACGAAAGCAGGCAAAUCACACAAGUCUACGGCUUCUACGACGAGUGUCUGCGCAAGUACGGCAACGCCAACGUCUGGAAGUACUUCACAGACCUCUUUGAUUAUCUCCCACUCACAGCUCUAGUAGACGGCCAGAUAUUCUGCCUCCACGGUGGCCUCUCUCCAUCCAUAGAUACACUGGAUCAUAUCAGGGCUCUGGACCGCCUGCAGGAAGUUCCACACGAGGGUCCCAUGUGUGAUCUGCUGUGGUCGGAUCCGGAUGACCGCGGUGGCUGGGGCAUAUCUCCACGUGGUGCUGGCUACACCUUCGGGCAGGAUAUCUCCGAAACAUUUAACCACGCCAAUGGUCUCACACUGGUCUCCCGCGCUCACCAGCUGGUCAUGGAGGGUUAUAACUGGUGCCACGACCGGAAUGUGGUUACCAUUUUCAGUGCCCCCAAUUACUGUUACCGCUGUGGGAACCAGGCUGCUAUCAUGGAACUAGAUGACACUUUAAAAUAUUCCUUCCUCCAGUUUGACCCAGCACCUCGUCGUGGAGAGCCUCAUGUCACCCGUCGUACCCCAGACUACUUCCUAUAAACCUCUCCCAACCUUUGUAGAAGGAAGUACACCUGGCAUUUUAAAAAAAAAAAAAAAAAAAAAAGCAACAAUAUUUACACGUUUCUGUAAGAAAUCAGGGUUCGUCUCAACUUCAAAUCCCCAUAUGGACCAAAAUGUGC